AUGGAUCCAAGUUCUGCUCUAGAGCAGACUACGCUCGACAUAUCAAACUUGCAGUCUGAGUUCAAGUACCUCUUGGAUGAGAUUGCCGGCGCAGACUUGAAGAUAUAUGAUCAUCGCAAGAAAUACAUUCAACUGGACUCCCAAGUACAGAAAUUCUACAAGCAGCAUGGUUCAUUGACGGAAAAUCCGCGUGAAGUGGAACUGUCAGGAAAAAUAUAUGGUGAGAUACAGACUUGUCGAGACUUGCAACAGAACAAAUGCGUACUAGCCAAUACAGCGUUAUUUCUGGUAACCAAGCAUCUGAAUAAACUUUCGGAGACAAUAAAGACACUAGAGGAGGAAGGAUCAUUGGCUCCACUUGAAAACGAGGAAAAGGAAGCAGAAAGCGGAGGUGAAUCGCGAGAGGGCUCAGUUCUUUCAGGAUCUGGCGAAGGGCGCCGUAGAAAAAAUGCCACACCUGGACCGGGUUCCAGUGCAACGAGGCGAAAGCGUAGGGGGGAAGGCACUCCUCAGGGCCGCAACAAGGACUCUACACCUCUUGGAAGUGGAUCUGCAGACCCUAACUUCGACCUACAAGACUACAACGAUGACUUGUUCUCAGGCUACAAUCAAGCGGAGGAGGAUGACAAGCAGCUUUAUUGUUUUUGUCAGAGCGUUUCAUAUGGUGAAAUGGUUGCUUGCGACGGCCCACAUUGCAAGUUUGAAUGGUUCCACUACACUUGCGUCAAUCUGAAAGAACCUCCGAAGGGCUCCUGGUAUUGUCCCGAUUGCAGGCAAGAGCUUGCCAAUAGCCGGUUGAAGAAACGCAAGCUGUAG